CACUAUGGCUGAUCGUGUACAUCCUCAAGAUUCACCACCUUCAUCAAAUAACUCCAGUGAAGCAAAGCCUGUGCCAACCCCAGGAACGUAUGUAGUUCAAGUACCAAAGGAUCAAAUAUACCGGUAUCCUCCACCAGGGAAUGCUCGUCAUUACGAAUCUCUUACAAAACGGAAGCCUCACCGGAGUUGCUGUUGCCGGUGCCUUUGCUACACUUUCUCUCUUCUUCUCAUCCUCAUUAUCGCUCUAGGUAUCACUGUUGGCGUUCUCUACCUCAUCUUCCGCCCUGAAUCACCCAAGUAUUCUAUCUCCGACUUCACCAUUAAGAACUUCAACCUAACAUCAUCAUCAUCUCCCGUUUCGCCACAAUUCAACGUCACUGUCCGAGCUGAAAAUCCUAACAAUAAAAUCGGAGUUUACUACAGAAAAGGAAGCUCAAUGACCGUUGUCUACUCCGACGUUAGCUUAUGUAACGGUGAAUUACCCGCAUUCUAUCAGCCAACGAAUAAUGUAACUGUUUUUAAGACAGCAUUAAAAGGAUCAAAUGUUAUUCUUGGAAAUGCCGUUAAGACAGAGUUAAGGAAUGAACAAAUGAAAGGGAAAGUGCCGUUUAAGGUGAAUAUUAGAGUGCCUGUUAAGGUUAAGGUUGGAGCUGUUAAGUCAUGGGAAAUUAUUGUUAAGGUUAAGUGUGACAUAAUAGUGAAUGCUUUAACAGCAAAAUCUAAGAUAGUUUCUAAAGAUUGUAAAUAUAGUGUUAGGUUCUGGUAGACUGUUUGUAAACACAUCUUAGCCAUUUUUUGUAUUUAUUAUUAUGUAGUGAUAUUAUAUGAUUCUUUUCUUUUUUGUUACAGAAAAUUGGUUUAUAUAAUAAACCGAAAAUUUUAU